CUAUUAGUGUCGGUAUAUGUCGUGGUAAAUAUCCUAUAGAAUUACUUGAUGAAUGGGAUAGAUGGGAUGCAGAAUUUAAUUCAGAGAACGAUCGCCCUGGUAUUCAUAAUUGGGAACAAGCCUGGAGUCUACUUAUUCAAGUUGGAUUGGCUUUAGCUCAAGCCGAACAG